CAUUUUCGAUGUGAUAAACAAAAACUUAAUUUUUAAAAGUGUUGUGAUUAGUGAAAAAUUGUGAAAAUGAAUAAACUGCCUUAAAUUUUGGAUAUUUGUCAGCUGCUUCAAAAAGUUUCACCUAGGAAAUUAGGAAUAGAUCAUCAAAUGGAGUCACGGGUGAUUAAGUCUCAGCGGGAUCUGUGCUCGGUGAUAAUCAAGGAGGAGGUAGAGGUAGCGGAGCUUCAGUUCCCGAGCCCUCUGACGCUCCGGAACAGGGGAGAGACGUUGAUGCAGCAAUUGAAGACUCACACGUGCCCCAGGUGCUUUAAAAGCUACAUGCAUGCGUGGCACCUCAAGCGACACAUCAGGUUCGAGUGUGGCCAGGAGCCAAAGGUCCAGUGUCCUUACUGCAUGGUCAAGAUGAAGCAGAGAGGACACGUCUACCGACACAUCCGGCGGUGUCACAGGGGACAGAAUGUUUACGUCAUCGAUCUCAAUUAAUGUUACUACUCGCGGGUUAUUUGCUCGAUAAUUCGCGGAGUUUAUUUUUAAGGAUAAAACAGUUAUUAUUUGGUAUAUUUAUUAGUGCCGUGGUCGGAAAAAUUGAUGAUACUUGUUUUAUGGUAUUAUUAUUUAUUAAUUUACAUUCACUGUAAUUAAGGCUAAGAUUAAAAAUUAUAAAAAUUUAA